AUGAAGAAUACAAUUUCUAUUGAUGAGAUCAAACAGAAAUUAACUGAGAGAUGGAACGAAACAAGCGAGGUCAUGCGUGUCAAAAGAGAAUUUUGUUUCAAGUGUAGAGCAUUAUAUGAGUCGAAAUCUACACAAAUAUCAUCAGUCGAAUUAAUUUCUGAUGAUCGAUGGAGUCCAAAACGUAAUGAUCGUAUACGUAAAACUCAUUUGAGAAGGAGAGAAUGUAUUAUCCAAAUUGAUGUACCAUUACAAACGCGAAUUUCAUCUCUACCAUUACCCAAUGCUCUUCGCAAAUUGUCAAGAGUCAUUCGCCGACCUUCUGGAUGCGGCAAAUCAUCCUUGCUUGACAUUCUAGCUGAUCGAAAGGAUCCACGUGCGUUAUCUGGUACUGUUUUGGUCCAUGGAUCUCCACGAGAUUCAUCAUAUAAGUAUAAAGUUGGAUACGUGGUUCAAGACGAUAUAUGUAGCGGUACAUUAACAGUGCGUGAAAAUCUAUACUUUUCAAUUAGUCUUCGUUUUCCGGAAAAGCUAUCGACUAAUGAAAAAGAUAAACGUGUGAAGGCCGUCAUUGAUGAAGUUGGUCUUCAAGCUUGUGCUGAUGCACGCGUGGGAACAGAGUUUCAUCGUGGUAUAUCAGGUGGUGAGAAAAAGCGAACCUGCAUAGGAAUGGAACUAGUCUUGUCACCUGAAAUUCUUUUUCUUGAUGAACCCACAACAGGUAAUGUUUUAAAAUAUAAGGAAGAAAAUACAUCUUCAGAUACUGUGAUUGUGGCAUCUCUGUGGCAUAUAACGUCUUCUAUGAAAUGA